GGAUUUAAACCGGAAGUCCAGUUGUUGUUGCUGCAGGAGCGGAACUCAAACUAGAAGAGGGGCUACAUGAAGAUACAAAAAACUCCACAAAGUAACAAUAAAUACCCAUUAACCAGUUCGUUAAAUGUGUGUCUGAAGUGUGGUUGUCAGACAUGAGCGUCACUUUGGAUAUAAGACUGAAACGAGCCAACAAAGUUUACCAUGAAGGGGAAGUGGUGGCCGGUGUCAUCUUGCUGGUGUGUAAAGAGGCGCUGCAGCACCAUGGCAUCUCUCUGAACAUGGAGGGGCUGGUGAACCUGCAGCUGAGUUCCAAGAGCGUCGGUGUCUUCGAGGCUUUCUACAACUCUGUCAAGCCCAUCCAGCUGAUUAGCAGUAAUGUCGAGGUGGCCAAGGCAGGAAAAGUUCCAGCAGGAAAGACUGAGAUCCCCUUUGAGUUUCCUCUGAACACGAAAGGCAACAAAGUUUUGUACGAGACCUACCACGGUGUCUUCGUCAACAUUCAGUAUACCCUUCGCUGUGACAUGAAGCGCUCCCUGCUGGCCAAAGAUCUGAGCAGGAACUGUGAGUUCAUUGUGCACUGUCAGCCCCAGAAAGCUAAAGUUGUCCCCACAGCUGUCAACUUCACCAUCACUCCAGACACCCUGCAGAACACCCGUGAGAAGACUUCACUGCCGAAGUUUCUAAUUAGAGGCCAUUUAGAUGCCACCAACUGCAUCAUCAGCCAGCCGCUGACUGGAGAGGUGGUGGUGGAGAACUCGGAUGUUCCAAUAAAGAGUAUUGAACUGCAGCUUGUGCGAGUAGAAACCUGUGGUUGUGCUGAGGGUUAUGCCAGAGAUGCCACAGAGAUCCAGAACAUCCAAAUAGCUGAAGGUGACGUCUGCCACGGCCUCUCUAUUCCCAUCUACAUGGUUUUCCCCCGGCUGUUCACCUGCCCAACACUGGAGACUACCAACUUUAAAGUCGAGUUUGAAGUCAACGUUGUCAUUGUGCUUCACGAUGAUCAUCUGAUCACAGAGAACUUCCCUCUGAAGCUGUGCAGAGUCUGAACCCUGAGGUCACAUCAGCUCAGAUAAGUUCACUGCAGGCCUUCUGGACUCCCUGAUGCUCCCUACAACACAACUGUUCUUCAAACCAGAAAGGACAUGUUAAUCCUUCCCUGUGCCGUUUCCUUGUGUAGAUCUUUACUGAUUUUCUGAAUAAUGCAACAGUUGCUCUUAAGCCAGGGGGAAAAAAAAAAAAACUCAUACCAGCCCACAGUGGCUUCAGGCUUACUUGACUUAUACUAAACUCAAUUUCCUUUCAUAAAUCAAUGAAUAUGACCAAAAGUGUUUCAAUGAUUUUUUUGUAUUAUUAUUUCAGUUAAAUAAAUGUCAAAUUACUGAAUGUGAA